AUGUCGUCACCGCCUUCAGACGUGAAGCUGACCUUAGAACGAACCAGCUCCACGUUGCUGCAACAAAUAGAGGCUCUAGAGAAGAGGACUUCCGAAUUGAAGAGAAGUCGCGAAGCUUUGGAGGCAUCCCACAAGAAGCAGCUCGAGAGUAAGGAUGAUGUAGAAGAGCUGGCAGAGCUGGCAGAGGACACGGCGAAGACGCAGAAUGCGGAUGACCCGCCAGCUAAGCCAGACGAGGAGGAAGAUAGAAACAAGCUUCCACAAGUACUUGGCGACGAGAGCAAGCAAGCUAUUUUGGUUGAUCCCCGCCGGUGGGCACGCGAGCGCUUGGCAACUGCUCUACGGGAACAGGGUGAGGAGUUAGAGCAGAAUUUCAAGCCCAGAGCUUCUCUUGCUUCUGGCGGCGCAGCUGCCGCUCAGAAGCCGCCAGUAAGUUCAUCAGAAAUGCAAGCAACAGCCAUCCCAACUCCCACCACAGUUCCGCCGAAAAUGAAUGCGAUUGGAGGUGAUACGGAUACAAACGCGUUUAUCGCCAAGGCGAAUGCGGCAAAUGCCCCUGGAACAUUGGCAAAAGCCAGUAGUGCCGGCGGUAUGAUGAAGGGCAGCAUGCCCAAUCCCAGCAGCAUGGGUGCUGUGGCGAAAGGUGCACCUCCACUAGGUGCCCCACUGUCCAUGCCAACAUCGCCUGGACUCCCCAUGGCGAAGCUGCCAACGCCUUGCGGGCCUGGGCCGAAUGGUGCCGUUUUGCCCAAACUGCCUGGCGUACCCGGGCUUGACCUUGGGUGUGGCGGGCCAUCCCUGCCAUGCAUGGGUGGCUGCAUGGGUGUGGCUGGUGGUAGCAUUGGCAUGCCACCAUCUCUCAGUAACUUGGGUGGUGGUAUGUGUCCCACUGGACCUGCUGGCCCCAGCCUAGGAUCAACCAGCGGGGGCAACCCUGAUGGUGAAGGCGACGAUAUGCAGCAGCAAAUGAUGCUGCAGAUGCAAAUGCAAAUGCAAAUGAUGAUGAUGGGCGCCAUGAUGGGGUCCAUGCUAGGUGAGAAUGAUGAUAAAAAGAAAGGCAAAAAGAGGAAGAAGGACAAAACAAAUGAUGUGAAUGAUGCAGACGAUCUACCCCCUGGCCCUUCCAGCGACAUGAGUCACCCGAGCUACAGACCGCCCGACAUGGAGCAGAUACCUGGCAUUACGGACAGGAGAUUCGAAGGUCGAAUUACAAUGUGGUUCGAGGACAAGGGCUAUGGCUUCAUUGGAAAUGACGACCUCAAGCAGAAAUUCAACGGCAUGGACGUUUUCUUGCAUGCAAACCAGAAGCGGCAUUUCAACCAAGGUGACCAGGUGGUGUUUAGCGUCUUCAAAAAUUAUCGAGGUCAGCCUCAGGCAACCGAGCUAAGAGCAGGCAGAGCCUCCCUCGGAUAG